GAACAUGCGGUUUGUUUCGUUCACUUUGUUUAUAUUUGAAUGAUUUGAACUUAGUAAAUUGUUUAAUUAUGGGGAUUAAUCUUGUAUUAAUUGAAUACGUUAAAAGUCCCUCAAGAAUUUCUCAGAUACCACUUUGAAUUCAAAAUAUGUGACUCAGUCCAUUGUAAAGUAGCACCGAUAAUGUGGAAUUAGAUUUUCAGAUUUCAUAUUCAUGUUUUUGUAUUGAUAUAGAAGGAAAAGUUUCUUCUCUUGCACUAAAUAUGACUGAUCUCAUUCAGAAUGUUCAAGAUGUCUAUAAGAAGUGGGAAUCGAGAGGGGCUUCAAACUUUAACUCUAGGGGCAGUAGAGCACAAAGAUCAGCUGAGCGCUGCAGGAGUGGAAUACUAUAUUCAGACUCAUCUUAUAACCGGCCAAGGGAUGGAAGAUUCAGACAACGUACUAGAGCACCAUUCCUGAAACUUCCUAAGUAUGCUGGUCUUGCUCAGUUUAAGAUGGCUCCCUGUGUUGCAGCUGAGAACAAACAGCGGCCUUUCAUGGGAACUUGCUGUUCAAAGUGUCUUCCAUUGAGCAGGGCUUCUGUAACAGAUGCAAGAGUUUUUUCUCUCAGUGUGUGCAACAUUCUCCACAUUCCUCAUUUCCAAAGCUUAGAUUUCAGCGUUGUGCUAAAUAUAUUGAAGAGAAAUAAAAAGUCUUCUUAUCCUGAUAUUAGUGCAAAUGUUUUGAAGUGUGAAAGUGUUCUUACUGCAAUUGAAGAUUCUGUUGAACUUACCUCUGGUGAAUAUGAAGAAAAAAGUUGGAUGGCGAAAAUUAAAUGUGAACAUUAUAACAGAGUCAAGAUCUUUUUAGAUUCUAUAAAAUCUUCCAUUUCCUCAAUUGGUCUGUAGUGAGUAUUUCAUUUAAAAUAGAAGCAUUAUU